AUGCAGAAGGUCAUCCAGGCUGAGCAGAGAUCCUCGAAGCGCUGGGAGCUGACACCUGAGGGAAAGGAGAUUGCCCAGGAGGGAAGCCAUGAGGCGCGUGUCUUUGACAGCAUCCCUGCCGAAGGGCUGCUCCAGAGCGAGCUGAUGAAGCUGCCGAGUGGGAAAGUGGGGUUCAGCAAGGCCAUGUCCAACAAGUGGGUGCGGCUGGAGAAGAAUGCAGACGGGGGGCCGCGCAUCUUCCGGGCUGUGGAGAACGUGCAGGAUUUGGUCCGGGAGAAGCUGCAGUUGGUGCAGCAGGGGGAGGCCGAGAGCUUGGAGGAGAAGGACAGGAAUGAACUAAAGAAGAGGAAGCUCCUAAUGGAAGUGGUCAUCAAGACCUACUGGAUCCAGAAAGGCAGCGCCUUCAGCACCACGGUCACCAAGCAGGAGACGGACCUCACCCCAGAGAUGAUCGCCAGCGGCUCGUGGCGUGACCUGAAGUUCAAGGCGUAUAACUUUGAGGCGCUGGGCAUCAUGCCCGAGGGCGGGCACCUCCACCCGCUACUCAAGGUCCGCACCCAGUUCAGACAGAUCUUCCUCGAGAUGGGCUUCACAGAAAUGCCCACCAAUAACUUCAUCGAGAGCUCCUUCUGGAACUUCGACGCCCUCUUCCAGCCGCAGCAGCACCCGGCCCGCGACCAGCAUGACACCUUCUUCCUGCAGGAUCCUGCCGAAGCCACGGACUUCCCCAUGGACUACCUGAAGAGAGUGAAGAAGAUCCACUCGCAGGGAGGCUACGGCUCCCAGGGCAGCAGGGGGUGGAGCUCUGCUGCCCCUAGUGUCUGGGACCCCAGUCGUGGGCUGGGAUUGACACCUGUCCUCCCGAACCCCCAGGAGAAGUUCACCCCAGCCAAGUAUUUCUCCAUCGACCGGGUCUUCCGGAACGAGACGCUGGAUGCCACCCACCUGGCCGAGUUCCACCAGAUUGAGGGCGUGGUGGCCGACUACGGCCUGACGCUGGGGGACCUCAUGGGCACCCUCCGGGAAUUCUUCACCAAGCUGGGGAUCACCCAGCUGCGUUUCAAACCGGCCUACAACCCCUAUACGGAGCCCAGCAUGGAGGUGUUCAGCUACCACCAAGGGCUCCAGAAGUGGGUGGAGGUGGGGAACUCGGGAGUGUUCCGCCCAGAGAUGCUGCUGCCCAUGGGCCUGCCGGAGGGGGUGUCGGUCAUCGCUUGGGGCCUCUCUCUGGAGCGCCCCACCAUGAUCAAAUACGGCAUCAACAACAUCCGGGAGCUGGUCGGGCACAAGGUGAACCUGCAGAUGGUCUACGAUGGCCCCCUCUGCCGCCUCGACGCGUAGGGCCCCGCCGGCCCCCCUCUCCGCGCUGCCGCCUCGACGCAUAGGGCCUUCUGGGCCAGCCCCAGAUUCAUUUGUGCCCUCUUUGGGGGCUGGGGCUGCCCCCUUCUGGGGCAGAGGGCUGGCAGGGUGCCCUGGCCCCCUCCUGUCCAGCCUGUUCUACUCUCCCCUGGGGAACAUGGACCUUUUAGCCCCCCCCGGGGCCAGUUCUACCCCAAUAAAGGACUGGUGCCUGGG